AUGUGGCUUCUGAUUUUGAGGCUGUCUUAUUCCGGCUCAGAAUCACAGCAAAUAUAUGCGGAAGGAGCUCUUGUAGAUUAUAUUGAAUGCGAAAAUGCCACGAAAAGACUAGACAGUCUGGCAAAAGAGAUUCAGCGCUCGUUGGGCGAUCUCGGCAGCUUGGGGAAGCUCUCGAACGAUGCAGAGGCGCUCAGAGUGAUUUGCGUUCGCGGCAGCAAACUAUCAGACGAGCUUAUCGCACAACUUAGUGAGCUUCGAGUCGACGGAAAACGUCGAAGAUGGAACAGCUUCAAGCAGGCUCUCAAAAGUGUUUGCAAUAAGGACAAGAUUGACGGCAUUGCUGCUAAGUUGGCUUCCUGUAAGGAGGAGCUCAAUCAACACCUCAUUGACUCUAUUAGACGUAAAGCAGAUUCUUUAUCUCUCCAACAGGAAGAAACAGUGAGAGCAAUCAAGGAAAAUUCCAGAACGACGAUUGCUACGAUCCUAGAGAAUCGAGAAAUAUUGAAAAAGGACCUCCAAGGGCACAGGACGGACCUCAUUCAACUGAGUAACGGCAAACAGACGCCCAUGUAUUCAUCAGCUCUUGUGUCUCUUGGAGAGGCACAGGAAGUGGAGAUUCACUUACUUCUGAACCUCCGAUUUUCGAAUGGAUUUUCAAGGAUCCUUCUAACGGAGAAGAGGUUCCUUGGAGCAGCUUCAUUGAUUUGGCUCAGGACUGGCUCAGGAAUUUACUGGGUCAGUGGAAAGGCUGGUUCUGGGAAAUCGACCUUGAUGCGGUACAUCUUCGAGAAUCCGGAGACAAGCAAAUAUCUCCAAGUCUGGGCAGGAGAACAUCACCUUGAGGGUCACGGAUUCUUCUUCUGGAAUGGGGGCAGCUUGGAACAACGUUCUCAAUGCGGUCUGUUGCGGUCUCUACUACACCAAGCCUUGUACAAACGCCCAAGCCUUGUGCGCGACAUAUUCCCGGACGAGGUCGCUGAGAACAACGCUCUUCUCGCUCGAACGGAAGAUGAAAGGUGGCACUGGACCUUGCCAACAUUGAAACGAGCUUUUAAAAGAUGGGUCAACCUGGCUCUGAAUUCAUCUUUGAAUCUUUGCAUAUUUCUUGAUGGUCUCGAUGAAUAUGAACGGGACCAUGAGAUUAUCGUGGAUUUUCUCAAGGAAAUAUUAUCUUCGCAUCCAUCUCGUAUAAAGCUAUGUAUAUCUAGCCGACCUUGGGUUGUAUUUGAUGAAGCUUUUAAGGGACUACCGAAACUUCGCCUGCAGGACCUGACUUACCGAGAUAUCGGAGCCUAUGUUCACGACGAACUACGUAGCCACCAGCGCAUGUUGCAGCUCGCCCAGGCAGAGCCAAACCAUGCACACGAAUUGGUGACCGAGAUCGUUACAAAGGCCUCUAGUGUCAUUGUUAAGCGGACUGAGGAACCGCGACGAUAUUGCAGUCCUCCGGAAACGUCUCCGGCACCUUCCUCUGCGGAUCUAAGCUCCCUUUACACUCACAUGCUGAACCAUGUCGAUCCCUUAUACAAUGAACAGGCGUCUCAAUCCUUUCAGAUCUAUGGUGCGCUUUCGAGUGAAAGCAACUCGAAUGAAGUCACCGCUCUGGAAUUGUCACUGGCCAUCACAGCAACCCCGCAUACUCCAACAUCUGUAACUACACCAAUGGCAGAUGCGGAGGUCAAAGUCCUCUGCGAAAAUCUUGAUGUGCAUUUGAAAUCAAGGUGUGCCGGCUUACUUGAGAUCCACCAGGGUGACACUCGGACUUGGGAGUCCCACAAGUAUUUCGAUCCUGUGAGACCGACUCACAAGGUCAACUAUCUUCACAGAACCGUCAAGGACUUCCUCGCAACGGAGGAUGUUCAAGAAAAGAUUCUGAGUGACUGCGCUUCCGAGUUCAAUCCUCACACUUAUGUCAUUCAUUCUUGUGUCACAAGGCUUUACCGAUCGGUUUUCAUCACGCAUCUUGGGAACAUGUAUCCGGCGAGCAAUGAAGCGGUCUGGGCUAUGAUUGUUCGAGCGAUGAAGUACGCAAAAUACGCAGAUUUCUCAGGCGAUCGCUCUUAUGUUGCUGCUUUGGCUGCGUUGGAACAGGCAGGUAAGCGUGCAUGGAAUUUUGGGCAAGACCCAUGGAAGAUGGGAAAGAACUGUCUCCCAGUCUUCCUGAACAAUACCACUUUGGCCUGGACGAAUUGCGAUAAGACGGUGAUGUGGACAAGGAAUUUCGUUGGCGAGACAAUCAUACACAAGCUGUUUGCAUACAUCAGUUCGGAGGUACGAGAGAACAAGAAGCUGCUCAAGGAUCAGGGGGCCAUGCCUCUUUUAUCUUACAUCUUCCAGCAGCGUCAGCCGGGGGCUUUUAACCCGCCAUCUCCCAAAAUAGUGGGUCUGCUAUUACAACGAGGAGCUGAUCCUAAUCAACAAUGGCAAAGGAAAGAUAUAUUGCAUAAGUUGUCUAAUAUAAUUUGGAAGUAUGUGAGAGAAGUUGUUGAAGAUUCGCAUUCGCAAAGCAAGAUGAAGUCAGAGCUUAUCAAGUGGGGCCUUGCCGAGCUAGUCUGCCCGGAGCAACGUCAAGUUCUCUCAAGACUAGCCCAGGUUCUCAAGCUCUUUCUUGAAUAUGAUGUAGAUAAAGUCGGUGCGUCAGUUGAUGACGUGGAACGACGAGCGGGCCACGUAUGUCAUAACACUAUCGACGAAGCUUCUAUUUUGAAAAUCAUCUCCAACGUAUACGACAAGUACUUGCCCUCCAUGUCAGUGGAGCUAUCGCAUGCACUCCGCCUGAGGAUCUCUCAAGAUCGGCGGCUAGAUGCAAGAAACGGAAUAAAGAGAAGACACGAUAGAGAUGACUCGUACGGUCCUCGAAAACAUUUUCAGGGGCCAAACCAUUGGGGACACCAGAGAUAG